AUGACGGACAAGGAAAAGCUACUGAAAGUGAAGCAAAAGUUUAAGCGAGGGGAUUCAUCCAGUGAUGUGGAUUCCGGCCCGGAGAGAGAUCGGGAUGAAGACGAUUCGGAUAACGAAUCGAGGAAUACAAGCAAGACGAGCAAAUCCAGCAAAAAUGGCAAAUCUGGAAAGAGCACGGGGACAUCGGAGAUGACUGAGCUAUUGAACGAUGGUGGAUCUGACAUCGAGCUGCUGCCAGAUAAUGGAAAAAACUUUGAAAAACGGAAACUACAAGACACUGACAAAUCAUGCACCUGGAAUGUUCUUGUUCGGAUUAUUGAGGCGAAGGGUGUCAGCACAGGAUCCGCAAGAGUUCGAACGAUCUUCGACGGAAAAUCAAAGAUGACUAGAACAGUGACUCAUGCAAUUCCAAAGUGGCGACAAAAUAUUCUAUACACAAUGAAGAACCAACCACUGGAGAAGCUUGCUGCCAAAGUUUUGACCUUUCGGCUCGUGCGUCCUACAGCACUUGGAGAAUCAAGCGUCGGAGAGUUCAGCUGCUACCUCUCGGAAGUAAUCCGCUCUCCCGACAGAUCUCUCAUUGCAAAAUGGGUUGCUCUGGGAUUUCCUGGAAUGAGUGACGAGGAACCGGACGAUAUCGCCUAUGAGAACUGUGGAUUCCUGAAGGUGACGCUCUCUGUGUACCGGAUCGACGAGUCACCACCAACGCUGAUUGAUGACGGUGGGAAGGAGCAAAUCUGGAAUCAGAGUGUUCUCCGUGGAACAGCUCAUCCGAAAGAUGAUCAAUGAGAGGAAGAUCAAGAAAAAGCAAAGAUUCUAUGUGAUGGUUCAGUGUGGAGCACACAAGACCAAAACAACAAUGGAAUCUGCGUUUCUUGAUGAAGAUGCAAACAUCGCGUCAGUGAAGUUUGAGUAAGAGAUCUAUCUUCCAAUUCAAUGGCCAACUGUCAUCUCAGAGAUUAUUUUCUCAUUGUUCGACAAAAAGGGACGAGGCAAAACGUGCAUCGGAAAAGCCACUCUUCCAAUGAAAAUGAUUUACGAGCCAGGAGUGGCUGGAUACCUCCCGACUUUUGGACCUGCGUUCCUCAAUGUAUUCGAUUGCGAACGCGUGUCUCGAUUCAGCAUCUUCUCAAGAAAAAUGCGAGGAUCCCAGCUGGAUGGGAGCAGAUUUGUUGGACGUUUGUUCAUUGCGAUCGAUUGUGUAGAGUAUAUGGAGAAGGCUAAUGCUCAGAUCAUGCAUCUUGAUUAUUCCCAAAUUAUGGAAGCCGAAUCGAUUUGUAAAAAUCUCAAAUGGUACAACUGCUUUUGUUCCAUGAGUCUCGUCAACAAGAUCGAUCCUCAAUUCGCAUCCGAUCCAGUCUGCAUAAUGAUGUCAAUCGGUUCAUUUGGAAGCACGAGCAACGAAGACAAAAAAUGCAAUAGCUCAACUGUUCCAACUUACCCAGAACGUGAUGAACACGAGUGCUGCAGUUUUGCAUGGGGAAAUCUCCGUCCAGUUGCCGAAGUCAAUGCUCCGUGGGAAGUUAUUGACCGUAGGAUUGAAAUGAGCAAUGUUCUCAUGAAAAUGACGAAUAUGCUCGAUUCAAUGAUAAGUGAGAUUCGGCACAUUUCAAGUGGGGCUGUUGACCAAAUCGCCUCUGUUGGAAUCGAAUCUUUGGAGUGCUUGGAGCAACAAAUUGAGUCGGCUAGCAAGUUUUUGCGACGCAUCAACCAUGUUAACAGCAACGCACUGGAUCGCCAUAUCCUUGACUACCGGAAGGAAAAGAUCUUGAAGCUGCGAGAGCAUUUCGAGAAGGAAGCCUUCAGUAUAGAUUAUUCCGAUGGAGAAGUCGAUGCGAAGCUGCUUCGAAUGCUUCUACAAAUUCGAUCGAUGACUCUUGAGUUGGCAGAAGAUGUUCAAAUGACCAUUCCACCCGUUCUCAUCAAAAUGAUGUCCCAUGGGAAGUUAAUCGGUUUCGCCAAAAUCCCGAUUUCGGAGAUUUUCCAAUCAGAUGAUGAAGCUCAAUCAGGAGAAUGGUGUGGGAGGACCCGUGCUAUAAAUAUUCAAUGGCCGACUUUGGUGGAUCAGAGAAACAGGAAAAGAGAGCACGUCGCAGUACUCCAUGCAAAGAUGUGGUUUGGACGUACAGAUCAGCUUACAAAAUGGAAGGAGCACGUACAACCAGCAGACAUCGAAAGAUUCAUUGUUUUGUAUGAAGUACAGACAAAGGAACCCACAUUGAAAUGGAAAGAUGAAUCUGAUAUUUACGAUGGAAAAUGGGUUAAGACGAAAGAAGUUCCACCUCUUGAAAAUGAAUGGAAUGCUGUUGGUCCUUGGAUUGUGAUGAACACUCGGCAGACGUUCGUUCCGAAACUUGGACAACACACGGCUCAUGACAAAGCUUUUGAAAUCCAGAAGAGAGCUGAAACCGGAACAUGGAAACACUUUCAAUACACGGAUUGCUACGCUGACGAGCUGAAACCCAAGGAUCUUGACAAACACGUGAAAGGAUGGCAAGUAGGCUCUUGGGAUCAAGACAAAUUCCGGAACAAUGGAGACGAGAAAGGAUGUGUGUACUCGACAAAUGGCGUUUUCAUUGGAAGCGGAGUCCUGCCAGACCGAGAAGAAAAAGUUCACCACAACUUCAGAAAACGUUGUAUCGAGAGGCCAAGGAAGCAUGAAGGCUAUAACAAGGAGUUUGAAGACUUUGCUCGUUUUCGUAAAUUGAUUGGAAACGAUAAAUGGGAGUUUUCCGAGACUGCACUUGGAACCUACCAGGAGGAAGAAAGCUCUUAUCGCCGAUUUCGAAGAAGGAGAUUUAUGCGGAGAGUCGACACAGCCAAACCUUCGACUCAGCCAAUUUCCAGUUUGAGUAUAUUCCAAACACAACUUUUGUCCACGAAAUGGCAAUUAAAUUUUAUGUGCAUGUGGGGAGACACAUCAUUCAAAGUGGAGGAAUCGACCGGUUUUUAUGUUCGAGUUUUCUCCCAACAACGAACUCAGGAAACACGAGCUGUGUUUGAGAAGUAUCCAAUAUGGAAUGAAAUGAUGAUUUUAGCUGAAGUGGAACUUCCGGGCGGACUCUACGACAUGCGCAAAAAUCCUCCAUUAGUUUAUAUGGAAUUGCUGUGCAAGCACAAGGACAAAGAGCAACUUGUUGGCAGUGUGUUAUCAAUCCCACUGUGGUUUCUACGUGUUUGGACCCCCGAGCAACUCCACAAUAAGAGUCGAUAAAGAAAAACGAACGAAAUAGUUCGGUUUGCUUCUGCCUUUGGCUCCCAGUUCACACGUGGAAAAUGAUGCGACAUUCGAAAUCGAAAGCGAAUUCAGACCACAGUUUCAUAAGUUCCACGUGCAAUUUUUGUACUGAGGAGUGAGAAAUCUCAAGAAGCAUAAGAUGCUCGUCGUACGUCGUCCAUUUGUUCGACUGACAAUUGGGGAUCAAGAGUUUACAUUGCCCCCUCUGAAGGAUGUCCGAAGAGAUCCGAACUUCCCUGAGCCCAUGAUUGUUGCAAUAUUAAAUACAAAAUAAAAAAUGCUCCACAAACACACAAUGCUUUCUCCAAAUCCUAAAAAUUCUAGGAAUUUCAUCAGCCCGCUCUCUCCGCCUAAGAGCCCAACUAUUGCUUCUAUACAAAAUUCUUACCGGCGCAGCACACUUCCCAAAAAGCAGUGACUUUGUUACGCUUGCUGACUCGUCUCGUCGUCCGAUGCUCAUUAAAAUUAAAAAUCCCAAAUGUCGUAGCUUUUUCUCCCAAGUAGUGCCAAUAUGGAAUAGCAUUGUACGCAACUCUAGCUUUUUCCUCUCCCCAUCACAAUUCCUUUCACUUGUUGAUUGUCAAAUAUCUAAAUUCUGAUCUCUUUCCCUCUCACUUAAACUCGCGCUCUGUCGGGCCGAGUUUAUUUUAAUUUAUUCAUCUACACGUGUAAAUAUCAUAACCGGUUAUGUUUUUCUUAUCAUAUUUUUUUUGUUUCCAUGAUGAAUAAAUAAAUAAAUA